AUGCCCCGUCUCCCUCUCCCCCUCGCCCUCCUCCUGCCCCUGCUCACCGUUCUCCUAGCCAGCAAAUCCAAAUCCUACAACAACCUCGGCUCAGGCGUAGGCUCCUUUUCUCACCCCGACACCUCCCAGACGGAGGAAUAUGUCCUCGCGAGUCCAAAUAUUCGUCUCUAUUCACCGCAUGGUGCAAGUUGGAGGACAUGGUUCCAUCCUCGCCGCACUGGUUCCGCGGGUCGCAAGGGUGAAUGGAAUCUUCUUUAUCAUCUCGGCGGGAACGGACCGUGGGUUGAGCUUGGAGAGGGACAGGCUGGGAUUGAGCCGCCGGAGGGGUGUAUAGUUGAUCAAGUGCAUAUGAUGUCCCGACAUGCGGAGAGAUAUCCUACCAGUUCCGUUGGAAGCCGCCAUCUCGCCCUUCUCAAUCGGAUCAAGGAGGCGAAUCUCGUCCUGAACGGCUCUCUUGCCUUCCUGAACAACUGGACUUACUUCAGCGUCGACCCGUCCAGAGAAUUCGAGCAAUUGACCACUACCGGCCCCUACGCGGGUACUCUGGGCGCAUUCACGACGGGUGUCCGCUUCCGAACUCGAUACGGACAUCUCCUCCCUCGCCAUUCCAGGACCCGGCUCUGGGCCAGUGACUCGGAGCGCGUCAUUCAUACAGCCCAGCACUUCGCCUCGGGCAUGUUCGGCCUCAACUGGGAGAAAGACCAUGCCGAGCUACAGGUCAUCCCGGAGACGUUCGAACGUGGAGCAGACACACUCACGCCCGGAGAUACCUGUCUGCGGUAUCUCGAAGAUACACAGCACGGCCAUGAUAACGGUGUCAACAUGCUCGCUCUCUUCCAGGAGGCUUACAUCCCGGCCAUCGCGGAGCGACUGGUUUCCGUCGAAGGGAAUCAGGCACUGGGGAACCUGGCCAAUCUCGAAGUAUUCGGCAUGCAGGAGAUGUGCGCCUUCGAGACGACGGUUCGGGGAUCCAGUCCGUGGUGCGAUGUGUUUACGGAAGAUGAAUGGGAGCAGUUCGAGUAUGCCCGUGAUGUGAUCCAUUACUAUCGCGCUGGACCGGGGAAUCCGUAUGCAGGCGCAAUGGGGUGGCUGUGGUUGAAUGCUACGGCUGCUCUUCUGCACUCUGGACCCGAAGCAGGGACGCUGUUUUUCAGUUUCGUCCACGACGGCGACAUCGCCCCCCUCCUCACAGCACUGAACAUCUUCAACGACUCGAAAUACGACCCCAACCUCCCCGUUACCCACGCAGCGCCGGACCGAAUCUGGCGCAUGUCCCCCAUCAUGCCCAUGGGCGGCCGGAUCACGCUGGAGAGAAUGACAUGCUCCUCCAACACGGACGAAGAUGUCAACCGGACCUUCCUUCGCAUCAAUAUCAACGACCAGAUUGUGCAGUUGCCCUACUGUCACUCUGGUCCGGGGGGAUCAUGUCCUCUGGACGCGUUCAUGGACUACGUCCGACGACGAAGGGGCGAGGUGGGAGAAUUCGCGGACGUGUGCGGUCUGGGUAGGGACGUGGGUUAUAUCAGUUUUCUGAAGCAUCAGUAG